GCAGGAGCCACCACGCCCGGCCAGAGCCAGAGUUUUAAAUUUUGCCAAAUUCCUAUUCAUCCAUCUUUCCUUUCCACGGAUCAUGCAUCUCAGGUCAUGUCCUAGCCUCCCCUCACAAAGAUGUCCUCCUACGGUUUCUACCAAAAGUCUUAGUAUUGAACUUUGGCGUGUAGGUCUCUGAACCCUUUUUCCUUAAUUGUGUGUAAAGGUUGAGGUUGAGGUGCAUCUUUUUGCAUAAGGAUAGGCCACCUCAUGUACUGAAAAGCUUAUCCCUUCUCCAUUGGAUUCCCUCUCACACCCAUGUCAAAACUCACUGGACACAUUUCUAUGGAUGGAUUCAUGGUCUCUAUUUUAUUCCAUGGAUCUACUCGUCUACCCCUGUAAGCCAGCAAUCUCGAUUAUUACAGCUUUAGAGCAAAUCUGAAAAUCUGAUAAUAUCAUCUCUCUAAAAUCCCUUCUGCUUUUUUUGAAACAUCAGAUAUUCCACGUGAAUUGUAGAAUCUGCUUGUUUAUGCAUGCAAAUGUCCCUCAAGGAUUCUGAUUGGCAGGCACUGCAUUCAUUCUACAGAUCAAGUUGGGGACAAUGGACUUUUAACCUUUUUGGGUCUUUAAAUAUGGGAACACAUUGUUUCUCUCCAUUUAACUAAAUCUUCUUUGAUUUUUUUCAUUACCGUUUAAUAGUUUUGGGCAUACAGACCCCGUCCACGUAUUUUAGCUUUAUACAUAAGCAUUUCAUUGUGUUUGCAGCUUUUGUAAAACAGUAUUAUUUCUUAAAUUUAGGUUUCCAGUUACUCAUAGGAUUGUUUUCCCUGUGUUGAGUUUCUCUCCUGUAUCGCUGCUAAGCUCUCAUUAAUGAGCACUAAGUUAUUAUUAGCUCUGAGAGUCUGGGGGAGAUACAUUGGUUGUUUCAUGUAGACGAUCACAGGACCUAUGAAAAGGAGUACUUUGGUUUCUUGCUUUCUCCGGUGUGUGCCAUGACUCUUCAGGCAUUAUAGCACUGACUAGGCCUCAGCGUGAUGUUGAAUAGCUGUGGUGAGAGUGGACGUCCUUGCCUGUUUCGCGUCCUUAGGCAGAAAGCAUCCAGUCGUUGACCAUUAAGUAGCUUGUUAGUUGUAGGUUUGACUGUACACGCCCUUUUUCAGGUUGAGGAAGUUGUCUUGUGUUCCUAGUGUGCCAGAGCUUUUAUAUCACCAGUGGACUUUGAAUCUUACCAAAUGGUUUUUCUGCAUAGCUUGAUGUGAUCCUGUCAUUUUUGUUCUUCAUCUGAUCUCUCAAUCUGUGGGUUACACUGAUUGAUUUUCAGGUGUGGGAAGAACAACCCUUGCAUUCCCGCUAUAAAACCCACUUGAUCGUGGCUUAUUAUUCUUCUCACAUAUUGCUCAAUUCAAACUGCUAGGUUUUGUUGAAUACUUUGGUGCCUGUAUUAGGGAAGAAUACUGGUCUGUCCUUUUCUUGGUAUCCCUGCGGUGCUGGCCUCAUAAAAUCAGUGGGGCGCAUUCCCUCUGCUUUGUUUCCUAGAAGAAGUUGUGUAAGUUGGUGGUAUUUCUUCAUUAAAUGUUUGGUAGACUUGGCCAGUGAAACUGUCUUGGCCCAGAGAUCUUUUUGCAAAUGUGUUUGCCUGUGAAUUCAACCUCUUUAAAACAUAUAGGACUGUGCACACAGUUCAGUGUUUGAAACCCAUCCUGUGGGAAUUUCCGUAGCUUGUGGUUUUCAAGUAUGUGCUACAUUUCCUCUGACCUGUAGAAUGUGAAUCUGUAGAGUUGCAUGUAUUCUUACCAUAUUGACCCUUUUAUGUUUUCUGGGUCUGGAGUGAAAUCUCUUCUUGCAUUCCUGAUAUUGGUAACUUGUUUCUUUGCCCUCUUUUUUCCCAGCCAGUCCUGCCACGGGUGUAUCAAUUUCAUUGAUCACUUCAAAGAACCAGCUUUUUUUUUUUUUUUUUUCUUCUGGAUUAAUUGAAUUCAUCUAUGUGUUUUUCUGUUUGAAGUCUCCUGGGGGUUUAUGCAUAAUUCUGUUGUUUAGCAAAAUAAAUUCUUAUCCACACUAGGAAUUUGGAAACGAUUUCCAUAGGCAUGAGCAGCCUUUUCGACUAGAUGCAAACCCAGUGGUCGGGAAGGCGAACAUACAAAAGGGUGUGUCCCCAUGAUGCAAGCGCUUACAGUCGAGUAAAAGUCUCCCUUGUGAAUGGAUGAAAAUGAACGCUCAUGGGCAGAGCACCUUCUGGGUUCUGCCCGCACACAUUCCUCGCUACCUUCUUGGUGUCUGAGAACCUCCAGCUUCAUCUCCUUUUCUGGACCCGAGGGCCUGGCGGAGCUUCCAGCUGGGACCAGACCUCCAUGGAUCCACUCCAGAAACGGAAUCCAGCAUCGCCUUCCAAAUCUUCCCUGAUGACAGCUGCAGAGACUUCCCAGGAAGGUCCAGCGCCCUCUCAGCCUUCGUACUCAGAACAGCCGAUGAUGGGCCUCAGUAACCUGAGCCCCGGUCCUGGCCCCAGCCAGGCCGUGCCUCUCCCAGAGGGGCUGCUCCGCCAGCGGUACAGAGAGGAGAAGACGCGGGAAGCGCGGCGGUGGGAGAGGCUGGAGUUCCUUCAGAGGAAGAAAGCAUUCCUGCGGCAUGUGAGGAGGAGACACCGCGAUCACAUGGCCCCCUAUGCUGUUGGGAGGGAAGCCAGAAUCUCCCCGUUAGGUGACAGAAGUCAGAAUCGAUUCCGAUGUGAAUGUCGAUACUGCCAGAGCCACAGGCCGAAUCUUUCUGGGAUCCCUGGGGAGAGUAACAGGGCCCCACAUCCCUCCUCCUGGGAGACACUGGUGCAGGGCCUCAGUGGCUUGACUCUCAGCCUAGGCACCAACCAGCCUGGGCCUCUGCCUGAAGCGGCACUCCAACCACAGGAGACAGAGGAGAAGCGCCAGCGAGAGAGGCAGCAGGAGAGCAAAAUAAUGUUUCAGAGGCUGCUCAAGCAGUGGUUAGAGGAAAACUGAGACGUGCACCCACAUGGGAUGGAGACCCAAAGGGACUCAGACGGAGCCGCCGUGUUGGCAGCGCCUGGGUGUGGGCCCAUUUUGGGGACCAAACAGCAAGCUGUGGUCGGAUGAGUGCCAGGACCUGUGUAGCGGGACACGUGGGAAUCCUCCCAGCAUGAUGAUGCUUGACCGACCCGAGGAAGGUCCUCAUCUUUCGUGCCUGUCAUUCUCGGAUGGCUGUGAGACAUUCCUUGGCAAGGGACGCUGCGUACCAGCGGUCCUUGCCGCAUCUCACAUGGCUCCUGUGAUGCAUGUUGUCGCUUUCCCACCCGGGAUCUCCAUCUCUCUUCCCUUCCUGCUGUCAGUAAGAGAUCACAUGUCUGUGUAGUGUGAAUGCCUUGUCGCUGUCCCGUGCUUUUGCACCAUUGGGUCGACUGCCUCUGAGAAGCAGCACUAGGCCUGUUGAAAUGCAAUGUGCUGCCCUGAGAUCCAGUUUCAAGAAUGGGCAGCUAAACACAGUGUGGGAAAGGAAUGUGGAAUGAGAACUUGGUGGUUCACCGCUGUACUAUUUGCGUAAAUGUUUAUGUAUGUGAUAAGCUACAUGUAUGUAAAUGUUGCAAUACCCCUAACAGUCGAGUAGUAUUCUCCCUUACAGGAAUUUUUGACGGGGUUCCUUAUCAUCAAUACCAAAUAAAUAGAUGUAGGAAUGGAAAA